AAAAUCCUACAUAAUUUAUGCAAAAUUUAACCUCACAUCUUAUAUUUGUAAACAUAAAUACAAAUAUAGUUAUUAAGUAAAUCAUCGAAUUAUUUUUUUUAAAAUAACUUUGACAGCUUUUUAAAUUUAUACUUAUAUACUCACUUUCUACAUAAUGGGAAAAACAUCAAAAGACAAAAGGGAUAUUUAUUAUCGAAAAGCUAAAGAAGAAGGUUGGAGAGCCAGAAGUGCAUUCAAGUUACUUCAAAUUGACAGUGAAUUUAACAUUUUUGAUGGAGUUACAAAGGCAGUGGAUUUAUGCGCAGCACCAGGAAGUUGGAGUCAAGUAUUGACACGAAAAUUAAAUGAAAGUUACAAACUAAAAACCGAAAAAUUAGAAUCCUCAUGUUCAUCAUCAAAUAAUGAUCAACUAAAUGAACCACCAAAAAUUAUAGCCGUUGAUUUACAAGCAAUGGCACCUUUGGAUGGUGUUGUACAAAUUCAAGGUGACAUUACUAAAAUAUCAACUGCUGAAAAAAUAAUAGCUUACUUUGAAAAUACCAAAGCUGAUUUAGUUGUUUGUGACGGAGCACCUGAUGUUACUGGAUUGCACGACAUGGAUAUUUAUAUUCAAUCACAAUUACUAUUAGCGGCAUUAAAUAUAACAACUCAUGUUAUAAGACCGGGUGGUACUUUUGUCGCUAAAAUAUUUCGUGCUAGGGAAAGUUCAUUAUUGUAUUCACAGUUGAAAGUAUUUUUUAAAUACGUGUCUUGUGCUAAGCCAAGUAGUUCGCGUAAUUCAAGUAUUGAAGCAUUUGUUGUCUGCAAAGAUUAUUCACCGCCAGAUAAUUACAUUCCACAUAUGUUAAAUCCGUUAUUAACUCAUGAACCAUUGAAUUAUAACGAAUUGACGGGUAUUAAUAAAUACGUUGUCCCAUUUGUUGUAUGCGGAGAUUUAACGCAACCUGACUCUGAUUCCUGUUAUCCACUUUCAAUGAGCGGAGAAGAAUACGUAUACAAGAAUCCUAUCCAAGAACCAAUAGAUGCUCCCUACGAAGAAGCUAUAAAGAAAGAAUUAGACGCCAACAAUAAAAAACAAUUGCCAGCAAAUCCGUCAGAGCCACAUUCAUCUGAUAUAUUCUACGACGACCAAUCCAUUGAAGAAUUCAAAAAAAAUUCACUAAAGCUCCAAAAUAAAGAUAGUGAACCGCAUUCCCCACCUAAACUAAAUGAUUUCCACGAAGAUCUUGUAAAUUUAAAAAUAAACGAGUAAAUAAUUACAUGUUUUUAAAAAUGUAUAUAUAUUUAAUCACAA